AUUUUUAAUCAGCAAGCGGGGAGUGUCAAGAUUGAGGUAGCGAGCAGGAUCUAUUGCUGUAGAGUGUUGCAGAGAUUAAAGGGUAACAACAAUCUAAACUGAUCUCUACAGAUGUGGAAUGGCAAAAGUGCUCCCUCUAGGAUGCUGUUUGCUUAUGCUGCUACUACUCUGUGGGGAACUGAUGGGGGACUGCGAGAAACUACAGUUACAUCUGCAGGAACUACACACAGCUUGGGAUGGUCAUCGUCUACUCACACAUGUGCUGUGUACUCCUGAUGUCCGUCUCUUUUUCCUGUCCCUGCUUGUUUUCCUUUUAUGCAUCCAAAUGGAAAGUUAUAUGGGAACCUUGAGUUAUCUGCAUCUUUCUUGUAUAUGCACACUGUGCUGUUCCAUCCUCUACAUUUUUCUGUCAUGGUUGCUUCCUUCGUCUGCUGGACCUGCAUAUGGCUAUCUUGCCACCCAGCUUGCACUGCUGAUGGUUCAUUGUCCAGUUGUGCCAUACCGCUUAGACAAGAGACUGGCUCCUUUCUUUCCAUGUGGAAUUUUAAUAAUUUCCCAGCUACUAUGCCCCCUCUCCCCUCUUUUGCUAAACAUCUGUGGCAUCCUUAGUGGCCUGAUCAUCCGCAGUGAUUUACUGUCUUGCCUGGAGCUAUCUAAGCAUCGAAGAGUGGCACUGGAGAGGAUACAUCUAUUUCGCUUUUUGGCUUCUACUCCAUUUGUUCAGUUCAUACCUACUCGCAGCAAAGGAGCUCUUCUUCCAGAGACAGACCCCAGACCAAGGGACAGACCCAUGAUUUAUGAAGAUAUAAACUUUGCCUUCGAUACAAAUGAGCCCUCAGUUGGGAUAUCUAACCAGGCUUUGUCAUUUGUGGGAGAUAAAGGGCCGUCUGUCACUCCUAUGUUUGAAAAUCCUAAGGAACUGGACGAUGAGCUGCUUAAAGCAGGAAUUGAGGCAUCUCUGAGAGAUUAUGAGGAGCAAGAGAUCAUGAAACAGGAGCUGAGCUUGCACAAAUCAUGUGUGUCUGCACUCAGACUCCAGCAGUUAGAAAAAAUGGGAUUUCCGACGGGACCAGCUGUGGUAGCCUUAGCAGCAGCUGGAAAAGUGGAAAGGGCCGUGUCCCUGCUUGUAGAAGGACAGGUUGGGGAAGAAAUAUUGGUGGCAAGUGACAGAAGAUAGAUUCGUGAACAUCUAACCAAACAACAGACCUGAUAACUAAAACCAUUAGGAUAAUGACUCUUUGUGACUAUAUUGGAAGGUCUGUAUUUAAGAGUAACUACGAUAUAGGGAAACAAAAAACAAGGGUGAUGAUGAGAUGCACAGUUAUAUGAUUUUCCGCAUAAAGUAAUUGGUCAAGAUUACCUCACAUUAGAAAAAGCUUUUUAAUGAGAUAGAUUUCUCCAAUUCUACUGGGAUCAGUCUACCUUCUUCACAAAAAUAUUCAGAGAUCUUUUAUACUUCAAUGACUAACGUUAAAAACUAAUUUAUUUAAUAGUUUACCUUACUGGAGAAGACCAUAAAUGCUUAGUCAGUAUAGGUCAUGGUAUGUAUUAGGCUAAAGGUUAAAACUAGCACAAAUAUGGAACCACUGCCUUUAAGAUGUGGAUGUCAGUAUUGCUUCUGAUGGUAACAUGAGGAUUAGAUCAUAUGCAGAUUAUUUAAAGGGCCAUGAUACCCAAAUGUUUAAACACUUGAAAGUGCUGCAGCAUAGCUGUAAAAAGCUGACUAGAAAAUAUUACCUUAACAUGUCUAUGUAAAAAAGAGAGAUAUUUUACCUCAAAAUGUCCUAAUUAUUCACAACCCAUUGUAAAGGACUUUAAGCAGCAAAUCAGUAUGCCUGUCUCGGGACCUGCAAGGGACCGUGCCUCAUGCACACAUGUUAUUUCCCUAUUCAGUUUAAGGAAGUUUACUAUGAAAUCUCAUGAGAUCACAGUAAAAGAGUUCAUGACCUCAGCACUGUUGAUGCUGAAUGGCUGCUGUUCAUUUCUUCUUCUUCUUCUUUUUUUUUUUUUUAACCUGCAGCUGGACAGCAGCUGAAGUAUAACUUUUUACACAACACUUACUCUUGUGAGCUGAGGAAAUUAUGAGGUAAAAUAUCUUCCUUUUUUACAUAGAGAUGCUCAGGUGAUAUUUUCCUUUCAGCUUUUUACAGUUAUGCUGCAUCACUUUCAAGUGAUUUAGCAUAUGAGUAUUAUGUUCCUUUAAAGGGACAGUCUACACCAGCAUUUUUAUUGUUUAAAAAGAUAGAUAAUCCCUUUAUUACCCAUUACUCAGUUUUGCAUAACUAAGACUGUUAUAUUAAUAUACUUUUUACCCCUGUGAUUACCUUGUAUCUAUUCCUCUGGAGACUGCCCCCUUAUCUCAGUGCUUUUGACAGACAUGCCGUUUAGCCAAUCAGUGCAGACUCCUAAAUAAUUCCACAGGAGUGAGCACAAUGUUAUCUAUACGACACAUGAACUAGUACUGUCUAACUGUGAAAAGCUUUCAAAAUGCUCUGAGCUAAGAGGCGGUUUUCAACGGUUUAGAAAUCAGUUUGAGCCUAGGUUUAGCUUUUCAAAAAUCCCACUCAGGGAACAAAGCAAAUUUGAUGAUAAAAGUUAAUGGGAAAGUUGUUUAAAAUUACAUGCCCUAUCUGAAUUAUAAAAGUUUAAUUUGGACUAGACUGUCCCUUUAACUCAUCAUGUAAUUAAAUUGUUUAUUUGAAGUUUGUUUUUUUUUACCAUUGUAACACAGAAAAAAAUUAAUCUUUUUUUAUUUCAAUAAAAAAGUCUUUUAUUUAUUUUA